GCCGGUCGCUGGCUGUCUCAGUGAGGGGGAAGAAGGUAGUUGCGCCUGCGCAGAGCCGCCACUUCCGCUAUCGGGGAGACCGGAGCGAUGACCGCCACACUUCGCCCGUACCUCUGCGCAGUCCGUGCCACGCUGCAUGCAGCACUAUGUCUGGAAAACUUCUCGUCCCAGGUGGUGGAGAGACAUAACAAGCCCGAAGUCGAAGUCAGGAGUAGCAAAGAGCUGCUGCUCCAGCCGGUGGUCAUUAGCAGAAAUGAAAAAGAGAAGGUUUUGAUUGAGGGAUCCAUUAACUCCGUGCGCAUCAGCAUUGCAGUAAAGCAGGCUGAUGAGAUUGAAAAGAUCUUGUGCCAUAAAUUUAUGCGCUUUAUGAUGAUGAGAGCUGAAAAUUUCUUUAUCCUCCGUAGAAAGCCCAUUGAGGGCUACGAUAUUAGCUUCCUGAUCACAAACUUCCAUACAGAGCAGAUGUACAAACACAAGCUGGUCGACUUUGUGAUCCAUUUCAUGGAAGAGAUAGACAAAGAGAUCAGCGAGAUGAAGCUGUCGGUGAACGCAAGAGCUCGUAUCGUAGCUGAGGAAUUCCUUAAGAACAGCACACAUUUGAUUAUUGAUUCCCGUUACCGAUUGAGUCAACCCGCCACCAUGGUGGUGCAGAAGAUUUCUUCUGAAUCGCACAAGGAAGGGGGGGAUUCCAUUGGGAAAGAAGGUCCCAAAACGGAAAGAAGAGCGUCUUCUUCUGAAGGGCGUCUGCGGAAAAGAACCCUUCACUCGAGAAUUAAUCCGGAAAAACUGAAACAGGCCAAACUCCUGGCGGAUAACGCCGUUAAGGAGAAGAAGAUUUUUACCAUCCAUGGCCCGUACCCAGUGAUCCGCAGAUGCCUCAGAGAGCGAGGAUGGGUGGAGAGAAAACUCCCCAGCCUUACAAAACCUUGUAGGAAAGGCAUGGACGGGGAAAAAGGUGUUGGAAGUGGGAACGACGAUGAAGAUGAAGAUGGUGAUAACAUGGACAAGGACGGUGAUCUAGAUGAUUUCCACAACCUCACGUCAUGUCUUGUCCGCAAUGAAGAUCCCUAUUUUUUGUGGACAACCAGACGCGACUCCGUGGACUGUCGUUCCCUGCGAAAGGAUCAGAUAACGAACCAUUACGCGCAUGCUGCAGCUAUUACAACCAAGGUUGGCUUAUGUGUGAAUUUGAGAAAUCUGCGUUGGUUUGAUGACACUGUUCCAGACACCUUUUUCCCGCGUUGCUACAGGCUUGGAGUUUUUGAUGAGAAGCGAGCAUUUAUGGAAGACUUUUGGCUAACUGCUGCCCAGAGUAUCCUGAAGCUGGUGUCAGGAAGCCAACACAGAAGUGGCAUCAUUUGGGACGCAAACCGCGUCCCAGCUCAGGUUAUUGUGACUGCCCUGCAAGCCUGUGAAUCGUAUCUCGGCACAUUGGAACAUCAAGAUAUCGAUACAGAGAUUCCCAUCGUCACUGACGCAGCAUGGAAUGAGUUUCUACGCAGCUACUAUCAAAUCAUCCAUGAUGGUGCUGCGAUUGAAGACUCGGAUCUGUUUGCGAAUCGGUGCAACGAUGUGCUGGAGAAGUUAAGAUCAGUGAAUCCACAGCUUGAUAUCGAUGGCGUCAGGAACAUCUGGAUUGUAAAACCAGGAGCUAAAUCCCGUGGCAGAGGUAUAAUCUGUAUGGAUCGCUUGGAAGAAAUUCUAAAGCUGGAUAGCAGUGAUCCAGGGAUAGUCAAGGAGGGGAAAUGGGUCAUCCAAAAAUAUAUUGAGAGACCACUGCUGAUUUACGGCACAAAGUUCGAUGUGCGCCAGUGGUUUCUGGUGACCGACUGGAACCCUUUGACGAUCUGGUUCUACAAGAAAUGCUACAUUCGCUUCUCAUCCCAGACCUUCUCCUUGGAAAAUCUAGACAGCUCCAUACAUCUCUGUAACAACUCCAUACAAAAGUACUAUGAGAACUCGUGGAAGCGCCAUCCUCUGGUGCCUUCUAGCAACAUGUGGUCCUGCGAUGAAUUUCAGAAAUAUCUACAAGAGAUGCGAGCGGGACGCGCCUACAAGGAGGUGAUUGUGCCAGGAAUGAAAUCUGCCAUAAUCCACGCCAUUCAGAGUUCCCAAGAUGUGAUGGAGCCCAAUAAGAGCAGUUUUGAAUUGUACGGAGCAGAUUUCAUGUUUGGAGAGAACUUCCAACCCUGGUUGAUUGAGAUUAACGCCAGUCCAACCAUGGAACCAUCGACAGCAGUGACCACCGAGCUUUGCGCUGCGGUGCAGGAGGACACCCUGAAGGUGGUGUUAGAUUGGAGACGCGACUCAAAAGCGGAUGUGGGGUUAUUCGAGCUCAUCUACAAACAGGCUUCUGUAGAUGUUCCUCAGUAUAAGGGAAUAAACCUGCUGGUGGAAGGAUCCACUGUUAAGAAGCCACGUCCCCCUCCACAGAGACAGUCCCACGGUGGAUUUAAUAUGGUUAUCGCUCCUAGGAUAAGACAAAAGUCUUCGUCGAUGGUGCAGGCCAGCAUCUCAACAGCAACUUCCCAGGCUAGUCAAGAGGCUAUUACCGGAUCACCGGCAAGCCAUCCGUGUACAUUAACCAGGCCAAAGACAACAGCGACUCUGACACCACCUAAAAUAUCUAGGGCAGAAAACAAAGAUGUGCUAGGACUGGCACAUGGUGGUAGAUUAUAUAAGAGCGGAGUAUCUACUUUCCAUCAUCAUUCUCCAAUCGACCUAAAACUGCGCCUGUCUGAGAAGCCGCCAGUCCUGCGUUAUUCUACCGGGCUACGAGAUAGAGGCUACAUAGACAUGAAGCUCACCAGCCUCGACUCUAAAGUCUUGCCGAUUCUUAACAAAGGGGCAACAACCGGUCCCAUUUACCAACAAAAGAUGCCCAGCGUCUUCUUUAAGGGUCCGCACUCCCUGAAGAUCCCCUAUGUAACAGGUUCCAAAAGUGGCAGGCUACUGGCUAAAUCUACCUGCUUACACCUGUCCAUGACAACCAACCCUAUUAAGCGCCAUGAACGAGCACCGCCAUAUAUUCGGAACCCCGUUAUCCCCACGCCGCUUCGAAUGUGAAUGCCACGUUUUCCAAUACCACGGAGCGGUCAUCUGCCGCCGA